GGCGGCGGCGGCGGCGGCGGCGGCGGCGGCGGGAGGCUGCGGGUGGCGGGAGGCUGCGGCCGGGGAUGGUCCAGCGGGCGCGAUGGCCCCCGCCAUGCAGCCGGCCGAGCUCCAGUUCGCCCAGCGGCUGGCGUCCCACGAGAAGGGCAUCCGGGACCGCGCGGUGAAGAAGCUGCGCCAGUACAUCAGCGUGAAGACGCAGAGGGAGACAGGCGGGAGAGAAGAGCGAAGCUGCCCUAGGAGUGGCUGGAAGACCAGAGGUUUCAGUCAAGAAGAACUCCUAAAAAUAUGGAAAGGGCUCUUCUAUUGCAUGUGGGUGCAGGACGAACCCCUCCUACAGGAGGAGCUAGCAAACACGAUUUCCCAGCUCGUCCACGUUGUUAACAACUCGGAGGCCCAGCACCUGUUCAUUCAAACCUUCUGGCAAACGAUGAAUCGAGAGUGGAAGGGGAUAGACCGGCUGCGCCUGGGCAAGUACUAUAUGCUGAUCCGUCUGGUCCUGAGGCAGUCCUUUGAAGUUCUCAAGCGAAAUGGCUGGGAAGAAAGCCGAAUCAAGCUACUCUUAGACGUCUUGAUGAAGGAGAUCUUGCACCCUGAGAGCCAGUCUCCUGAUGGAGUGAAGUUCCACUUCAUCGGCAUUUACCUGGACGAACUGUCCAAAGUGGGAGGGAGAGAGCUUUUGGCAGAUCAGAAUCUCAGGUUCAUUGACCCAUUCUGCAAAGUCGCUGCCAAGACUAAGGACCAGACGUUGGUGCAGACUAUAGCUAGGGGUGUUCUUGAAGUCAUCGUGGACCAGUCUCCUCUUGGACCUGAAGAGACCCUCGAGGAACAGAAGCCUCAGGCAGGCGAGGGUGAGCCCUCUGAAGAAGAAACGCCUGAAAACGAGGUGGUGUGGAGACAAACCAUCAGUAGAAAGAAGACCGCACUGAGCCAGCAGCACUCCAGGAUGGACGGCGUCCGCGACGACGCGGCGAGAGGCGGCGGGCGCCUGGAGGACGCCGGGCCCCUGCUCCAGUUCGACUACAAGGCUGUUGCUGACCGACUCCUGGAAAUCACCAACAGGAAGAACACCCCUCCCUUCAACAGGAAGCGUCUCUCCAAACUCAUCAAGAAAUUUCGGGAUCUCUCCGAAGCAGGCAGCCUAUCCCGGCUCAGUUUUGCUGAGGACAUUUCUGCUGAGGGAGAUGACCAAACGCUCAACCGAGGAAAGCACAAGAAAAAAGGAAAUAAACUUUUAGAGAAAACCGACCCGGAGGAAGAAGGAGGAAACAAGUCCUUCCUUGCUGAGGAAGAGGAGAGCGAAGGCAGCGUUCAGAAGAGAAAAGGGAAAAAGAGGAAGAAGGUCCAUCUCCAACCAGAGCAUUUAGGGUCGGGGGCUCCGGCCCUGCCCCCAGAACAGAACGGGGGCGGGGAGCCGGAGGGAAGUCCGGGAAGAGCCCAGAAGAUGCCUGCGGCUGAGCCGGGGGCACUAGCUGCCCCUCGCCCCCAGGAGCACAGCGUUUCGGGGCCUGCCCCAGCGCAGGGUAAGAGGAAACGACCGAGGAAGAGAAGCCUGAGGGUCCAGGGCGAGAGCUCGGAGUCCACACCACCACUGCCUCGGGGGGACGAGGCCCGGCAGCCGUCCCCUCCGGCACCCCCUGCCAGCGGAGCCCCGGUCCAGAAGAGGCCGAGGACGCUCGGAGCCCUCCCGAUCAACGGCAGCGGCCCCCCCGCGCUGGCCUGGCCCCCACCCCAGCAGCAGGGCCGUCCAGCCGGCCCGCCCCCGGGCAGGAGACUGAAGAAAAAGAAGGGGGAGCCCAGCGGCCUUGACCUCUACGACCCGUCUCCUCAGAAAGCCGCCAUCUUGAAAAAGAGAAAGAAGAUGAAAGAGAUGUGUAACUUGGAGCGCCGCGGAGUGUUGAAGGCCGAAGCCAGGCUCGUCCAGGCUCUGGGCGGUGGGGGGGCUCUCAGCCCCUCGAAGAAGCAGCAGCUGAGGACAGAGAAUGACUUCGUGAGGUUCGACACCCCCUUCUUACCGAAGCCCCUGUUCUUCAGAAAAGCCAAGAGCAGCAGUGCCUCUGCCGUCUCUGUGCGCCCUGCCGGGCAGCGAGACAAGACGCCCUCAAGCUCCAAGAAGGUCACCUUCGGGCUGAACAGAAACAUGACUGCGGAAUUCAAGAAGACAGACAAGAGUAUCCUGGUCAGCCCCACGGGCCCCUCCCGAGUGGCCUUCAACCCUGAGCAGAGGCCCCUCCACGGCGUGCUGAAGACCGCCACCGGCUCACCCACCGGCACCCCCCUGGGGGCCAAGAAGCCGCUGAGCGCCACGCCAAAGAGAAGGCCCACGGCUAUGGACUUUUUCUAGGGCAGCAGCAGAGUCCUUUUAGAGACUGUUUUUGUACAGAUAUUCUAUAAAUUAUAACUUUGAAAAGGUG